CGGUGUGUGUGAGUUGGUUUGUUGGUAUAGUUUUUGUGGAGGAAUGGCAAUGAUGUAGACCAGAGCCGAUGCCACGAUGAUGAUGAUCCGAUCCCGAUAAUGAUUAUGGGGAUGAUGGUGAUAAUGAGCAUGAUGAGGCCGCAGGGGCAGACCCAGAACGCUGGCUUCUGCCACAGCAACAGCAACAGCCAGCGCCAGCGCCAGCGCCAGCAGCAACAGCAGCAGCGGCAGCAGAGAAGUUAAGACGAAGUUUUUCGCGGAAAGUACAGCAACACAGCAAUGUGGAAAAUUGUAAAUACUACGAAGUUGAGCGAAAACGGAGAACGCAGAAAAACUAAACGCGCAAAAAGAAGAAUUUUCUCUCACUCUCCUCCUGUCACCCAGCCUUAGAGGCCAUAAAGAGCGAGCGAGAGAGAGAAUCAGAGCAACAGCAGCAGCAGCAGAUAAACAAAAAAAAGAAAAAACUGUCGUAAAAAGGCAGUCAUAAAGGAAAAACCCACCACUUAAUAGUGGCCAACAGCAGCAACAACAACUUGUGUGGGAGCCAGGAAAGCGCCAACCUGCUCCGAUAUCCAAGUGAUACCCCUAUCGUGUGCCCCCCGCAAUCGAAGGCAAAUGCAACAAACAAGCGGAAGAACAACUCUAUUAUGGGCCGCUCCAAGUUUCCCGGGAAACCCUCCAAGUCGAUCAAUCGUAAGCGGAUAAGUGUCCUGCAAUUGGAGGAAGAUGCUGCUGCCACCGAAGCAACAACGGAGCAACAGCAGCAACAGCAGCAGCAGCAGAGUGGACAGAGCGCUGGAUCGGCGGCUGCGCGGGAGAAGGGCAACAAUUGUGAUAACGACGAGGAUGACAAUGCCCCAGGCGGUGCCUCCAUCAGUGGAACAGGCGGCGGUGGCAGCUCUGAAGCCACAAACAACAGCAGCAGUGGCGGUGGCAGUGGCAGCAAUGGAUCGACAGGAGGCACCACCAAUGGCAGCGGGGUGAAUGGCGGAGGAGGAGGCGGAGGUACGCAUCACAAGAGUGCAACCGCUGAGAACUCUGAGGAUCUCCAGGAGGAGGAGCAGGAUGAAGACGAUGACAGUGCUAGUGCCAGUGGCAGCCACAAUGGCGAAAAGAGGACAACAACGACAGCCCACUCCACCGCCGCCGCCGCUGCCGGUCCCUUUGUGGUCAGCAGUGCAUUGCUGCAACGUGCCCGAAAGGGGGGCAACAAGAAGUUCAAGAACUUGAAUCUGGCCCGAGGCGAGGUGAUGCUGCCCUCGACAUCGAAACUGAAGCAGCAACAGCAACAACAAUUGCAACUUAAUUGCCCCGCUGUAUCCGCAUCCGCCUCCACCUCCGCCUCUGCCUCUGCCAGCUCUGUGCCCGCCCCCUCCCCCUGCUCUGCCUCAACGUCUUCUGCUUCUUCUGCUGUGGCAGUGUCUCCCCCAACGACAUUGCCACCUGGCGGCGUCUCACCUAGUGGAGGGGCAGCAGUAGCAGCAGCAGGAGGAGGAGGAGGAGGAGGCGGAGUAGGAGCCGGGAACCCCAGGUCUGUGGUGGAAUCGGGCGAAGAUGUUCCAUUGAAGCGCAGGUUGAGCGAAAUGCCCAGCGAAGGAGGGGCCGCAGAGGCCUCAGCGGCCACAGCAGCUGGAAACGGAGGAGCAGCAGCAUCAGGUGGAGCACCAGGACCAGGCGGAGCACCAGCAGCAGGAGGCAGUCCGAAGUCAACAACGGCCACAGCGACAGCUCCUGCUCCUGCUUCUGCUCCCGUCAAACAGAAGAAAACUGUGACAUUCAGGAAUGUCCUCGAGACGAGCGACGACAAGUCGGUGGUGAAGCGGUUCUACAAUCCGGACAAUCGCACGCCCCUCGUCUCGAUCAUGAAGAAGGACUCGCUGAACCGGGCAAUGGCCUACUCCCGCAGCGGCGAGUGCAUCGUCCGGCCCUCCAUUCUCUCCAAGAUACUCAACGUGAACUCGAACAUCGACAAACUCAAUUCGCUCAAGUUUCGAUCGGCCCCGCAAGCAGCGGGCCAGGAGGCAGGAGGAGCCCCGAAUGUGUUUGGCUUCUCGCGGGCCUUUGGGGCGCCCAUGGAGGAGGAUGAGGCCGAGUCGGAGGCCGUCACCUUCCGACGCAACGACUCGGAGGACGAGGACAUGGAGGAGGACGAGGGAAGCGAUGAGGCCGACGAACAGCAGGAGGAAGACGACGACCAGGAGCAGGACAACGACGAGGCUGCCUCGGAGAAGAGUGCCGGCGAGGAGUUGCCCGAAAAGGACUCGUCCUCCUCCUCCGAGGAGAAGCAGCUCGUGCUGGACACGCACUUUGUCCUGCCAAAGCGUAGCACCCGCUCCUCGAGGAUCAUCAAGCCCAACAAGCGGCUGCUCGAAGAGGGGGCCAUCGUCCGGAAUCCCACACCCAAGGCCAAGCCCAAGAACUACUUUGGCCUGGGAUCGGAGCCGGGAUCGUCCUCCUCCGCCUCCGCCGCCAGAAAGGAGACGUUUCCCAGCUUUGGGGGCCUGAAGCUCAACAACAACAGCAGCAGCAGCAGCAGCAGUAGCAGCUUUGUGCUCUGGCAGCCGCGUCUCCAGGUGCAGAUGGACACCAAGCCGACCGCUGCCUUUGGCGCCACAUCCCCUCACAGUGCCAUUCCGCCAACAGCAGGCGUGUCCUUCGGGACACUCGCGUCGACAGGUGCCUCAACGACCUGUGCUGUGUGCUGCACAGCCGUCAGCAGCAAGGAGGUGGCCCAGGAACGCAAGUACGGGAUCGUGGCGUGCGAUGUGUGCCGCAAAUUCAUCUCGAAGAUGACAAAGAAAUCCAUAUCGGCCAACUCCUCGUCCGCCUCGGCCUCAGCCAGUGCCGCGGGCACUUCGGGCCCCACGCAGCUGCAGUGCAAAGGAACAGAGGGAACCACCUGCAGCAUUCAUUCGCCGAAGAGCAGCCUCCUGAAGAACUUCAAGAAGCUCUACAAGGAGCGCUGCACCGCCUGCUGGCUGAAGAAGUGCCUCGUCUCGUUCCAGCUGCCGGCGGCGCACAGGAGUCGAUUGGCGGCCAUCCUGCCAGCGAAUAUGGCGCCCAGGGACAACAAGUCUGGAGCGGAACUGCUGUCGCCCACAGGGGUCGGAGGAAGCCUACGAUUCGCGCCCAGCUCUUCGAAUGGGAGCAACGGAUCCUCCUCCUCCUCCUCUGGGGCGGCUGUGUCCUCCGUCAAGUGGAAAUCGAAUGCAGAUGCCACGUCUGCUCCAGUGUCGGCGCUGACGUCCAUCAAGGCGAAUCCUUUGGCCGAGAACAAUGUGACCUUUGGCAGCACGCCACUCCUGCGACCAGCCAUCCUCGAGAAGCCCCUGUUCCUGAAGAUUACCAGUGCGACGGAUCAGAAGGUGCCCGCCUCCGUCUCCACAGAGGUGCCUGCGAUUAGUCCCAAUCCAGAGGCCAAGGCCACGCGAAAGGCGAGCAAACAGGAGAAGGAAAGGGAAAAGGAGAAGGCCAGGGAGCUGGACAGCGAAAGGGAGAAAUCUUCAGAAGAAACGCCUGCCACAGAAGCUCCGCAAAAGGAAGAACAGCAGCAGCCAGAACAGGAGGCCACAGGAGCAGCCCAGGCGGAAGAGGGGGACACCCUAAAGAGGCAAAGGAUUGACCUCAAGGGCCCCCGGGUGAAGCAUGUCUGCCGCAGUGCCUCCAUAGUUCUGGGUCAGCCACUGGCCACUUUUGGCGAGGAUCAGGUCGAGGAGGAGCAGCAGCAGCAGCAGCAGAACGAUGGUCCAGCAGAGCCAUCAUCUGGAGGAGCUGCCGACAAGACAGCUCCCAUGCUGACGGAUGAAAACGAUAAUUGUGCCACCUGCACGACAACGACAGCCACAACGACAACGUCUCUCUCCAGUGAAGACACCAAGGCCAAGAAUACUCAAACAGAGGCUAAGAAGGGAGCGGCAGGAGUGAAAGUCACAACCAGAAACGCAGCCGCCGUGACGACCUCCUCCGCCUCGAGCCUGAAGCCCAGGAACGGAGACAUCAUCACGGGCGGCGCCAACAGCAGCAGCAGCCAACAGUCGGCGUCUCGAAGGACAAAGGAUCGCCAGCAGCAGCACCACCACCAGCAGCAGCGGACUCUCAUAUCGAUAGACUUUUGGGAGAACUACGACCCGGCGGAGGUCUGUCAGACGGGCUUCGGCCUGAUCGUCACCGAGACGGUGGCCCAGCGGGCGCUGUGCUUCCUGUGCGGAUCCACGGGGCUGGAUCCGCUGAUCUUCUGCGCCUGCUGCUGCGAGCCGUAUCAUCAGUAUUGCGUGCAGGACGAGUACAACCUGAAGCACAGCUCCUUCGAGGACACCACGCUGAUGAACAGCCUGCUGGAGACGUCGCUGAGUGGCGCCCACUCGUCGCUCAAUCAGCUGACGCAGCGCCUCAACUGGCUGUGCCCGCGCUGCACAGUGUGCUACACCUGCAACAUGUCCUCGGGCUCGAAGGUCAAGUGCCAGAAGUGCCAGAAGAACUACCACAGCACGUGCCUGGGCACCAGCAAGCGGCUCCUCGGGGCGGACAGGCCUCUCAUCUGCGUGAACUGCCUGAAGUGCAAGUCCUGCAGCACCACGAAGGUGUCGAAGUUCGUGGGCAACCUGCCCAUGUGCACGGGCUGCUUCAAGCUGCGGAAGAAGGGCAACUACUGCCCGAUCUGCCAGAAGUGCUACGACGACAACGACUUCGACCUGAAGAUGAUGGAGUGCGGCGACUGCAACCAGUGGGUGCACUCCAAGUGCGAGGGCCUCAGCGACGAGCAGUACAAUCUGCUCAGCACCCUGCCCGAAUCGAUCGAGUUCAUUUGCAAGCGGUGCGCCCGCCGCGACAGCUCGCGCCUGAAGGCCGACGAGUGGCGGCAGGCGGUGAUGGAGGAGUUCAAAGCCAGUUUGUACAGUGUCCUCAAGCUGCUCAGCAAGUCGCGACAGGCGUGCGCCCUCCUCAAGCUCAGUCCCAGGAAGAAGCUGCGCUGCACGUGUGGCGCGGCAGCCGCCAACGGCCAAGGCCAGGGCCAGGGCCAGGGCAAGCUGCAGCCGAAGGCUCUGCAGUUCAGCAGCGGCUCGGACAACGGCCUCGGCAGCGACGGGGAGUCGCAGAACAGCGACGACGUGUACGAGUUCAAGGAGCAGUCCCGGAACGUCAAUCUGCACAAUUCCAAGGGCAGAUCCGCUGCGACGAAGGCCUGCUCCUGCUCCUGUCAGCAGCAGCAGCAACAGCCGCUGUCGCACUCGUUCAGCCUCGUGGACAUCAAGCAGAAGAUUGCGGGCAACGCGUACGUCUCGCUGGCGGAAUUCAACUACGACAUGAGCCAGGUGAUCCAGCAGAGCCACUGCGACGAGCUGGACAUUGCCUACAAGGAGCUGCUGAGCGAGCAGUUCCCCUGGUUCCAGAACGAGACGAAGGCCUGCACGGACGCCCUCGAGGAUGACAUGUUCGAGUCGAGUCGCUACGAGGACCAGCUGCAGCUGCAGCAUCAGCAGGAGGCCGGGCCCUGCGCCUCCGCCUCCGUCUACGCCGAGCACUCGUCCUCGUCGCAGGUGGCCCGCGCGGGCGUGCUGGACAUACCCCUCGAGGAGGUGGACGAUCUCGGCAGCUGUUGCGGCAUCAAGAUGCGGCUGGACACGCGCGUCUGCCUCUUUUGCCGCAAGAGCGGCGAGGGGCUCUCGGGCGAGGAGGCGCGACUCCUGUACUGCGGCCACGACUGCUGGGUGCACACGAACUGCGCCAUGUGGUCCGCGGAGGUGUUCGAGGAGAUCGACGGGUCGCUGCAGAAUGUCCACAGUGCGGUGGCCCGCGGGCGGAUGAUCAAGUGCACCGUCUGCGGGAAUCGCGGCGCCACCGUUGGCUGCAAUGUGCGCUCCUGCGGGGAGCACUACCACUACCCCUGCGCGCGGAGCAUCGAGUGCGCCUUCCUCACGGACAAGUCCAUGUACUGUCCGACGCAUGCGAGGAAUGGCAACGCCCUCAGGGCCAAUGGCUCGCCCAGCGUCACGUACGAGUCCAACUAUGAGGUCUCCCGCCCCGUCUACGUGGAACUGGACCGCAAGCGGAAGAAGCUCAUAGACCCGGCGAAGGUGCAGUUCCACAUCGGAUCCCUGGAGGUGCGGCAGCUGGGAACCGUUGUGCCGCGCUUCUCCGACUCCUACGAGGCGGUUGUCCCCAUCAACUUCCUGUGCAGCCGCCUAUACUGGUCCUCGAAGGAGCCCUGGAAGAUCGUGGAGUACACGGUGCGCACCACCAUCCAGAACAGCUGCUCCUCGACCCUCACCGCACUGGACGUGGGACGCAACUACACGGUGGACCACUCGAAUCCCAAUGGCCACGUGGUGCAGCUGGGACUAGCGCAGAUCGCCCGCUGGCACAGCAGCUUGGCCUCAAGGAGCGACCUCCUGGGCGCCACAGACGGCGCAGACGGAUGGAGCGACUAUCCCCAUCCGCAUCCGCAUCCCAAUUCGUGUGUCCCGCCGGACGAGAACACAGAGGAGGAGCCGCAACAUAAUGCAGACCUGCUGCCGCCAGAGAUCAAGGAUGCCAUAUUCGAGGAUCUGCCGCACGAGCUGCUCGACGGCAUCUCCAUGCUGGACAUCUUCAUGUACGAGGAUCUGGCGGACAAGUCCGACCUGUUUGCCAUCAGCGAGCAGUCGAAGGACGGCACCAACGGACCAGCAGGAUCGCACCAGGCGACGCCGCAUCCCAUCUGCGACGAGGACACCCGCAACUCAAACAACAGUCUGACGGGCGGCGGUGCCGGCGGAGGCGGCAGCUGUUGGCCCGCCAGCAAUCCCGUGGAGGAUGCCAUGCUCUGCGCCGCCGCCCGCAGCUCCACCCAGGUGCAGGUGCUCAAGACGCGCGCCUGGCCGAAGCUGGACGGCAACAGUGUGGCGGCCAUUAAGCGGCGCAAGCUGUCCAAGAACCUGGCCGAGGGCGUCCUGCUCAGCCUGAGCAAUCAGCAGCGCUCCAAGAAGGAGAUGGCCACCGUCGCCGGGGUCUCGCGGAGGCAGUCGGUCAGCGAGGAGGCCUCCACGUCCACGGUGCGCAGCAAGACCUUCACCUGGAGCGCGGCCAAGCGGUACUUUGAGAAGUCCGGUGGCCCGGAGGGAGCCAGGGAGGAGCCCGCCAAGAUGCGCAUCAUGCAGAUGGACGGCGUGGACGACUCCAUAACGGAGUUCCGCAUCAUCGGGGGCGACGGCAACCUGUCGACGGCGCAGUUCACGGGACAGGUGAAGUGCGAUCGGUGCCAGUGCACGUACCGCAACUACGACUCCUUCCAGCGGCAUCUGCCCAACUGCGAGCAGAUGUCCGCCAGCGAAUCGGAGUCGGAGCACGCACACGCCCAGCAGCUGAGCGCCGAGAGCCUCAACGAGCUGCAGAAGCAGGCCCUGGCCGCUGCCACGCUGGGAAAUGUCGGGGGACUCAACUACCUGCAGACGACCUCCUUCCCGCAGGUGCAGAGCCUGGGAUCCCUGGGCCAGUUCGGACUCCAGGGCCUGCAGCAGCUGCAGCUGCAGCCGCAGUCGCUCGGCAACGGCUUCUUCCUGUCGUCGCAGCCGACGACCCACCAGGCGACGGCCAACGGCACGGACGAGCUGCAGAUAUACGCCAACUCCCUGCAGAGUCUCGCGGCCAAUCUGGGCGGAGGCUUCACCCUGUCGCAGCCCCAGGUGGCGGCCCAACAGCAGCCACAGCUCAUCGCGGUGUCCACCAACCCGGAUGGCACCCAGCAGUUCAUCCAGCUGCCGCAGACGAUGCAGGCGACGACGACAGCGGCGCCGGCGGCCACCUACCAGACGCUGCAGGCCACCAACUCGGACAAGAAGAUCGUCCUGCCGCUGAAUGGGGCCGGCAAACCGCUCAAGACGGUGGCCACCAAGGCCGGCCAGCAGGCGACGGCGGCGGCCAAGCAGAAGCAACUCAAGUCCGGCGGGGGCCAUCACCAGGUGAAGCCCAUCCAGGCGAAGCUGCAGCCGCAGCCACAGCAGCACCACCAGGUGCACCACCAGCACCAGGUGCACCACCAGCAGCAGCAGCACCCGGGGAUCACGGUGGCCAGCAAUGGACAGCUGCUGGGGCAGGGCAUGCUGCAGCCGCAGCUCCUCUUCCAGAGCAAUGCCCAGCAGCAGCAUCCGCAGCUGAUCCUGCCGCAGCACACCCAGCCGCAGAACAUCAUCUCGUUCGUGACGGGGGACGGGAGCCAGGGCCAGCCGCUGCAGUACAUAUCGAUACCGACGACGAGCGACUUCAAGCCGCAGGCCCAGGCGGCGCCCACAUUCCUGACGGCCGCCCCGGGCGGGGGGGCCACCACCACCUACCUGCAGACGGACGCCAGCGGGAAUCUGGUGCUGACCACGGCGCCCUCCAACUCGGGCCUGCAGAUGCUGCAGUCGCAGCCGCAGGUGAUCGGAACCCUCAUCCAGCCGCAGACACUGCAGCUGGCCACGACAUCGGCGGCGGGGGACGGCAGUGCCAUCCAGAAUGGACAGAAUGUCCAGCAGCCGCUCAUCCUGGGCGGAGCCACAGGAGGCGGCACGACAGGGCUGGAGUUCGCCACCGGGGGACCGCAGGUCAUCCUGGCCACGCAGCCCAUGUACUACGGCCUCGAGACGAUCGUCCAGAACACGGUGAUGUCCUCGCAGCAGUUCGUGUCGACAGCAAUGCCGGGGGUCCUCAGCCAGAACGCCAGCUUCUCGGCCACCACGACGCAGGUGUUCCAGGCGAGCAAAAUCGAACCGAUUGUGGAUCUGCCCGCCGGCUAUGUGGUGCUCAACAAUGCGGCAGACGGCAGUGGCAGUACGUUCCUGAAUGCCGCCAGUGUGCUCCAGCAGCAGCAGCAACAGCAGCAGAGCCAGGAAGAGCUGCUGCAGAAUGCCAGCUUUCAGUUCCAGACGGUGCCGCAGACAUCCUCGUCGGCGGAGUACUCCUCCGCCCCUCUGGUGGUCACCGCCAAGAUUCCGCCCGUGACGCAGAUGAAGCGAGCCGCGAAUGCAAAGGCCAACAACAUCUCCGCUGGUGGUGGUGGGGGCGUAGGAAAGGUGCCGCCACAGCCCCAGGUAGUGAACAAGGUGCUGCCCACGAGCAUAGCCACACAGCAGGCCCAGCAGCAGCAGCAGCAGCUGAAGAACGCGGCAGCAGCGGCGGCAGGGAAGCAGCAGCAACAGCAACAGGGUGGCGGAUCCCAGGGGCAGAUGAAGAGCAAGGCCACGGCGGGAUCCGCAUGCGGAGCACCGCCCAGCAUCGCCUCGAAGCCGCUGCAGAAGAAGACGAAUCUGAUACGGCCCAUCCACAAGCUGGAGGUGAAGCCGAAGCUGAUGAAGCCCACGCCCAAGCAGCAGCAACAGCAGCAGCAGCCACAGGCGAUGCCUGUCGUGCAGCUGCAGCAGCAGCAGCACCAGCAGCAACAUCCACAGGUGCAGCAUCCUCCGGUGAUUAGCCAAGUGCCCGCCAAGGUGACGAUCAUCCAACAACAGCAGCAGCAGCAGCAUCGGCCACAGCAGCCGCAACAACUGAUGCAGCAGCAGCCGCAGCAACAGCAACAGAUGCAACAGCAGCAAAUGCAACAGCAACAGCAGCAGCAGCAACAGAUACUCAUCCAACAGCAGCCGCAAUCCCAGCCAGCGAUGCCCAUCAUCACGAUUGCAGAGGCGCCACCAUCGAUGGCCGCGCAGUUCGUGAUGGAAACCCAAGUGCUCGAGCAGCAGCAGCAGCAGCCGGAGAUGAUCAAUCGCUUGCAGCACUUUGCUGGGAGCAGCUGCCUGCCCACCAAUGUGGUGAAUCCUUUGCAGCUGCAGGCGACGCCCUGCACCAGCAUCACCAUGACGAGCACGAGCACCACCAGCACCACGACCAGCAUCAACUGUCGACCCACGAACCGCGUGCUGCCGAUGCAGCAGCGCCAGGAGCCAGCGCCGCUGCCGAACGAGCCCGUGGUGCCGUCGCCCACGCCGCCCAAGCCCCUCGUGGAGCAGCAGGUGAACCUCCAGAUAUCCAGCGUGUCCAAGUGCUACGCCCAGAAGACGGUAGCCUCGCCAUCGCCCUUGCCGUCGCCUGUUUACGAGGCAGAGCUGAAGGCGGCCGCUGCGCUGGAGAGCAUCGCUCUGACCUCGAUGGCCACCAUCCUGGAGGAGGACCCGGAGCAGGAGGAAGAGGAGGAGGAGGAGGAGGAGCAGCAGCAGCCCACAGAGUCCAUCUACAUGGAGGGAUUGUACGAGAAGCAGCAGCCGGAGGCCAAGAGCGAAGUUCUCCUGAUCCAGCAGCAGCAGCAACAGCAGCACCAGCACCAGAUGGUGAGCAAUGGCUACCUGCUGGAAAAGCACAGCUACCAGGAGCCCUCGGUGCCCAUGGACACGGACAAUCCCUACGACGAAGAUCUCGACGACGAUGAGGACGAGGACGACGACUUCAGCCUGAAGAUGGCCACGUCCGCGUGCAACGACCACGAGAUGUCCGACAGCGAGGAGCCGGCCGUCAAGGAGAAGAUCAGCAAGAUCCUGGACAACCUCACGAACGACGACUGUGCCGAUUCGAUAGCCACAGCGACGACGGCCGAAGUGGAGGCCACAGCCGCCGGCUACCAGCAGAUGGUGGAGGAUGUCCUGGCCACCACUGCGGCGGCAGCAGCAGUCUCUUCCUCCUCGGCGCCCUCUGCGUUCGAGGCCACGGCCGAGGAAACGGCAGCCGUGGAGGCAGCCGCCACCUACAUCAACGAAAUGGCCGAGGCGCAUGUCCUGGAGCUGAAGGAGCUACAAAAUGGCGUCGAACUGGAGCUCAAGAAGCAUCAGCAGCAGCAACAGCAGCAGCAACAGGAGGCGUCCACGAAGGAACAGCAGCAGCAGCAGCAGCAGGAGGAGGAAGCAGCCGCCUCCGUGGCCAUGGAGGUGCCCACAGCAGCGGCCCCAGAACCGCCGCCACCGAUGCGCGAGCCGAAGAAGAUCAGCGGCCCGCAUCUGCUGUACGAGAUCCAGAGCGAGGACGGAUUCACGUACAAGUCCAGCUCGAUAGCCGAGAUCUGGGAGAAGGUCUUCGAGGCGGUGCAGGUGGCCAGGCGGGCCCACGGCCUCACGCCGCUGCCCGAGGGACCGCUGGCCGAUAUGGGUGGCAUUCAGAUGAUUGGCCUGAAGACGAACGCCCUCAAGUACCUCAUCGAGCAGCUGCCGGGGGUGGAGAAGUGCUCCAAGUACACGCCCAAGUACCACAAGCGCAACGGGAAUGUGUCGAUUGCGGCAAGUGCCGGUGGACACGCCUCCGCAGGCAGUGGAGGCAGCGCAGCAGCGCUGGCAGCCCUGGCUGCCGCUGGCGCGGAUGCCCAAGCUUUGCUGGACUACGGCUCGGACCAGGAUGAGUUGCAGGAAAACGCGUACGAUUGUGCGCGCUGUGAGCCGUAUGCGACUCGAUCCGAAUACGACAUGUUCAGCUGGCUGGCCUCCAGGCACCGCAAGCAGCCCAUUCAGGUGUUUGUGCAGCCCUCGGACAACGAGCUGGUCCCAAGAAGAGGAACGGGCAGCAAUCUACCGAUGGCCAUGAAGUACAGGACCUUGAAGGAGACCUACAAGGACUAUGUGGGCGUAUUCCGUUCCCAUAUCCAUGGACGUGGUCUCUACUGCACCAAGGACAUCGAAGCGGGUGAAAUGGUCAUUGAAUACGCUGGCGAGCUGAUUCGCUCCACGCUGACGGACAAGAGGGAGCGCUACUACGACAGUCGCGGCAUCGGCUGCUACAUGUUCAAGAUCGAUGACAACCUGGUGGUGGAUGCCACCAUGCGGGGCAAUGCGGCCCGUUUCAUCAAUCACUCCUGUGAGCCAAAUUGCUACUCAAAGGUCGUCGAUAUACUGGGGCACAAGCACAUCAUUAUCUUUGCGCUGCGCCGCAUUGUGCAGGGCGAGGAGCUGACCUACGAUUACAAGUUCCCCUUCGAGGACGAGAAGAUACCCUGCUCGUGCGGCUCCAAGCGAUGCCGCAAGUACUUAAAUUAGAACCCAAGGAUGGAUGGAAUAUAUACUCAGUAUCGGAGACAACGGAAACAUGAAACAUGAAAAAAGAAACACUUGUAGUUAACGGUUAUUUGCGAUCUAUGUUUGAUCUAUCGUGAUAUACUUUUCGUUUUAUACAUACUCCCCCCCCGCCAGCCCCACAAAAUAGAACACCCCUAUGAAAAAGUCUUAAGUAAAUGUAAGAGUUAAA